CCGACGAUGAACAGAAGGAGAGAGAGAGAGAGAUGGAGAAGAAGGAGCUGGGAACAUUUUUCGAAUGGCGUAAUCUCUGACCUACCGUCUUUUGACGAAAGCGAAGAAAAGCAGAUUCUCGGAGAGAUGCAGACACAGAGAGGAUUAGAAAUAGAAACCCUUCUUCUGUAGAGAGAGAGAGAGAGAGGGAGAGAGGAUGAGUUGUCGGAGAGUGCUGAAGUCCGUGCAGGCCCUGGCGGCUCACAGCUUGCUCUUCUCUUUCACGCUCUUGUUGGUGCUCAAGCUCGAUCACACCGCCUCUUACUCUUGGUGGGCGAUAUUUCUUCCUCUUUGGGUAUUCCAUGCCGUUGUUGCAAGGGGAAGAUUCUCGCUUCCUGCUCCGGCAGCUCCGCGUAACCGUCAUUGGGCACCAUGCCAUGCUAUUGUGGCGACACCAUUGCUUGUAGCAUUCGAAUUGCUGCUCUGUAUAUUCCUCGAGAGUGUAAAUGUACACGGGUUGCCAGCUGUGAAUUUAAAGAUCGUUUUCCUUCCGCUGUUGGCAUUUGAACUAACUAUACUGGUGGACAAUUUCAGAAUGUGCAAGGCAUUGAUGCCUGGAGAUGAUGAAAGCAUGAACGAUGAAGCAAUAUGGGAUGCACUUCCUCAUUUCUGGGUUGCGGUUUCCAUGGUGUUCUUGGUGGCUGCCACAGUCUUUACCCUCCUUAAGCUGUCUGGCGAUGUACCUGCACUGGGCUGGUGGGAUUUAUUCAUAAAUUUUGGAAUUGCUGAGUGCUUUGCUUUUCUUGUUUGUACAAAAUGGUCCAAUCCAGUAAUCCAUAGAAGCUCAUGUAUCAGAGAAACCGGGUCUUCUUCUACCAGUAAUAGAUAUCUUGACUGGAACAGCGGCCUUGUUGUUGCUUCAGAAGAGGAUGGGCACCAAGAUAGAAUUUGUGGCCCUCAAGACAUUGGUGGCCAUAUUAUGAAAGUUCCUCUUGUCGUAUUUCAAGUUCUCCUUUGCAUGUAUCUAGAGGGGACUCCUCAAAGUGCCAAAUAUAUACCCCUUCCGGUCCUGUUCUGUCCACUUUUCCUGUUGCAAGGUGCUGGUGUCCUAUUUGCUGUAUCUAAACUAAUUGAGAAAGUUAUUCUCCUUCUUCGGGGCGAAACUGGUUCAGGACUGUAUUUUAGAUUUUCUUCAAGAGCCCAUGAUUGCUUGGGCUUCUUGCACCAUGGGUCAAGGCUACUAGGUUGGUGGUCAAUUGAUGAAGUAAGCUGUGAGGAUCAGGCUCGACUGUACUUUGAUCAAGACUCUGGUUACAAUACUUUCUGUGGUCACCCGCCUGAGAUAGUGAAGAAAAUGCCAAAGAAAGAUCUUGCUGAGGAGGUGUGGAGACUGCAAGCAGCACUUGGUGAACAGACAGAAAUCACCAAAUUUAGCCAGCAGGAGUACGAACGACUGCAAAAUGAGAAAGUACUAUGUAGGGUUUGUUUUGAGGCGGAAAUCAGCGUGGUACUGCUUCCAUGUAGGCAUCGUGUCCUCUGCAGAAACUGUUCAGACAAGUGUAAGAAGAAGUGCCCAAUCUGCCGUGUGGGCAUCCAGGAACGACUCCCUGUAUAUGAUGUUUAACGUCUAACUUCCUCCGAUCUCUUCGGGUGGAAUUGUAAAGAGGUGUGAUACACUCCUUUUACUCGCGUCUUUCGCGGGUUUUUUUUCUUCUUCUUCCGGUCUCUGAAUGCUGAUGAAUCAGUUUAUUUUGUCUUGUCUGAAUCAGCAUAAAAAAAAUACAGCAUGACUAUGAUGCUGUUUUAUAAAGGAAAAAGGAGUAUAGGUGGAAGUGUAGGUCCAACAGAAGUCAGUUGUAUAAGAUCUGUCUUGCAUGCAAACCUGUGGUAGCAAUUAGGUUUGUAUAUCUGUAAUUCCCUUUCCCCUUUCCUCUUUAAGAGUUUUUUUUUUUUUUUUUU